AUCAGAAUGGUGAAAAAAUGUCACGCAGGCAUGGUGGCGGUGUCAAUAUUGUCGUUGAGCUUGCUUUUGUUGCCAUGAAGUCACUGGUGUUGUUCUAGUUAUCAGAAAGCCAUUAUAUGUAAGAUUGUCUCCUACCAAGACAAACAUUUAACAACACAUAUCUAUCUGAAUGUUCCGCAUGGUUCUGAACGCGUCCACUAGUAUACCUUGCGUUACGUCUGGAAUCCUGCGUUCAUCUGCGCAGCUUUCAUUCUCUCCACUGGUUCUAUUCCGAGAGUAGUUAGCGGCAGAGCGCUUUCGAAACAGCACCAACUCAAAGCAGGGUUAGGGUUGAUCUUAUAGAUGUCAGACUGAAGACAGUCCGAGCCACCACUGGUACUGACACAGAGAGAGGUUUAGUAAAGUAGGGCUGGACACAGGUGGACUUUCACGUCGUCGGCGUUGUGACAACAACAUAGACCAACGCAAUGAGCAGCAAUAAUGAACUCCGCUUUGAUCCAAAGGAGCACCAGCACCUGCGCUACAACCCCCUCCGGGAUACGUGGGUUCUGGUGUCGGCCCACAGGAUGAAGAGACCUUGGAGUGGCCAGGUGGAGAAGGAAGAGGAGGACCAAGUACCUCAACACGACCCAAACAACCCCCUCUGUCCUGGGAACACCAGGGCCAACGGAGAGGUGAACCCAGACUACAACAACACAUUUGUGUUUGAGAAUGACUUCCCAGCCCUGCAGCCUAAUGCUCCUGACCCAGGAUAUAACCAACAUCCACUGUUCCAGUCUAAAGCAGCCAGGGGCGUCUGCAAGGUGAUGUGUUUCCACCCCUGGUCUGACGUCACACUGCCUCUCAUGACGCUUCCUGACAUCAUCAAAGUGAUUGACAAGUGGGCAGAACUGAUGGUGGAUCUAGGCUCCACCUACCCCUGGGUCCAGAUCUUUGAGAAUAAAGGAGCCAUGAUGGGCUGUUCCAACCCCCAUCCUCACUGCCAGGUGUGGGCCAGUAACUUCCUGCCUAAUGAAGCCACCCUGUCGGACCGCUGUCAGAGAGAAUACCUGAAGACCCACGGAGAACCUCUUCUGCUGCAGUACGCUAAGAUGGAGGCAGAGAGACAGGAGCGUGUAGUGGUGCAGAAUGCUGAUUGGCUGGCUGUGGUUCCAUACUGGGCCACCUGGCCGUUCCAGACGUUGCUGUUACCACGGAGACAUGUCCAGAGACUGACUAACCUCACCGCCCAGGAGAGAGAGGGACUGGCCUCCAUUAUGAAGAGACUCUUGACUAAAUAUGAUAACCUGUUUCAGAUCUCCUUCCCCUACUCCAUGGGCUGGCACGGCGCCCCUACCGGCCCCUAUCUUAAAGAGGACCAGUUCCACUGGCAGCUCCAUGCUCACUAUUACCCCCCCCUGCUCCGAUCUGCCGGCGUACGCAAGUUCAUGGUGGGAUAUGAAAUGCUGGCGCAGGAGCAGAGAGACCUUACACCUGAACAGGCUGCUGAACGACUGAGGAACCUUCCAGAAGAACACUACAAGACCAUUGAGACGGCAGGAGAGAUUGGUGGAGAGACACCUCUGGCCCUACCACGUCACACCUCUACCAAACCUCUGACCCUACCACACCUCUGACUCUACCACACCUCUGACUCUACCAUACCUCUGUCUACCACAACUCUGACCCUACCACUCCUCUGAUCCUGACCCUACCACACCUCUGAUCCUGACCCUACCACACCUCUGACCCUACCACACCUCUGAUCCUGACCCUACCGCACCCCUGACCCUACCACCACUCUGACCCUACAACACCUCUGAUCCUACCACCACUAUGACCCUACCACACCUCUGGUCCUGACCCUACCACACCUCUGAUCCUGACCCUACCACACCUCUGACUUUAACUCUGUCACAGGAUCAUCAACUAGAGUCAGCAGCAUACCGCCAGUUGGUGAACCCUGGUCUAUCACAUUGACAUUAGAUAUUAAAGUAUGAAUAACAGGAAGUGCCUAUCAAAACAGUUUGAUACAAAUACUACUAGAUCUCUUUUUGGGAAGAGAAAUAUAUAACAUUGCUGAUGGUGCCUUCAGAAACUUUUCACACCACAUUUUGUUGUGCUUCAGCCUGAAGUAAAAACGUAUUAGACUAAGAUUUUAUGUCACUGGCCUACACACAAUACCCCAUAAUGUUCAAUUGGAAUAAUGUUUGUAAAUUGAUAAAAAUAAAAAGUUAAAAUGUC